CCCAAAAUAAUCGAAGCACGUCCAAGAUCGGACGGACAAAUGGCUACGACGGAGGCCGACGUGCUGGGUCGGUAUGAGCGCCGCCUCACAGAGAAGUAUCGGUUUGGGCUGCAUGUGAUCAUAGACCACAUGAGCUGCCUCGUGAGUUUGCUCCACCACGCACAGACAGAACUGAAGAGCCUCGAAGCGCUGGCGCAGAAGAAGCUACCGCAAAUGCUGCCCUUUUUGAACCUAGUGCACGACAAGAUCAACGUUGUAACUCAGGCGACGCCGCUGUUCCUCGGGUACGACCACUUGCUUGCGUACAUCAAGAUUCUGCAGCAAGAGAAGCAGAGCUUUGACCCGCGUCCGCAACCGUGGAACGCACUUCGUCUGUACGACACGGACUACCAAGAUCAAUUUGCGACCAAAGUAGACGUGUUUACAACGUUGACCCAAGAGCUCGACGUCCACGUGCGUGAAUUCCACGUCCAAGUCGAGCGGCAUGCAUCGUUGCUGCAACUGCUAUCCCAAAAGCGCGAGGCCAUGUACGCCAUACUUCAACAAGUGCAAAACCAGCAACUUCCGACCAACCUGAAAAAGCACAAGGCCGAGCUCAAGGGACUGUACGAGCGCAGCCUCGUCAAGUACAAGCAAGCGCUGCAGGCCGGUCCCAUCAAGCUGGAGAAGCAGAUCCAGCAUGAGAUCCGCCACUUCACCGCGCACUUGCGGUCCAUGGUGCUGCCCCACUGGCGCGUCUGCCACACCGUCCGCCGCGCCAACGCCGAAGUCUCGCCAGAGAGUCCGCUCUCCAGUCGACAGCUUGAGCUCGUUGAAGCAUUCAUUUCGGUUGUGAUGCACCUGCACGACCACGUGGGCGACUUUUGCAGUACGGCCAUGAAGAAACAAACGUUCUUGGACCAAGUGACUGCGUUUGAAAUGGUUGCGACGAAUGACUGGUUUGUCGUGUGUACGAGCCCGUUAAAGUUGAAUUUCCACGAGCCACUAGACCAGCCUCUGUUUGGCGCGUACUGCGACGACCUCCAGCACCGCAUGAACGAGCUGCAUACGUUGCGGAAUUCCAACAAGUUUCAGUCGGCAGUGGCGCAUUGCGAAGCGAGUCGGGUGGACGUGGGUCGGUGCUUUCUCAAAGUGGAGCACUCACACACAUACAAGAAGGACUGGUCGAAAGAAGAAGUGAUGGCGGCGCUGACACUUGAAAUCCAGGAGCUCGCGGCUGCGGAUGGCCUCGUCGUGUAGUUGAGUAGAUAUUUUUCAAAGAUAAAUAAUAAAUAUUCCUUGGAGGCGAU